CUGAUAAUUUUAUUAUAUUAUUUUGAUAUUUUGCUUGCAAAUUUUAGAAUAAUAUUUCUUUGUCCCUUCUCGUCGUGUUGUAUUAAUUUGCGAUUGUGCGAGUGAUGUGUAAAGUGCGUUAUCGUGUAAAUAUCUACGAACAUUUCAAGAAGAUCGAAAAUGCAUGGAGUUAAACAGGAAACGCAGCACUGCACUGUUGGUUGCGAAAUGACCAGGCUUGAGGUCUGACUACACUGGAUUUCCCGAUAGCUCCGAUCUCGCGCGCUCGUGUAUCGUUGAGAAUACCCCACCAGCCUUCGCGCCUUUCUUUCGCUUCAUUUUUUACUGCUAGUGAGAUGGUCUCCAGCAAGCAGGACCCUUUCAUCGAAGCAUGGUGGUCGAGCGCCGGCGCGGCGCUAUACGGCGCGUGCGGCGCGCGCACGCUGGAAGGCUGGCGGCACGUGCCCGACUCGCCGCGCCGCGACCGCGCGCGCGCCGGCGCCAUGUGCGCGCUCGCCGCCACCUCCGUGCUCAUCGUCGACGCCAUCCGCGUGCUCUGCGCCGAAGAUACCGGCUCCAUCGCCAGUUCCUACAGAAAACCCGCCAAACAAAAAGCCCCCCAACUAGGACUAAACAUGACAUAUUACAACAAAUUACCCGGGUGCGUGAGCAACUGGGCUCCAGCGAAACUCGCUCCUGCCAAUGUACCACUGAAUGACCCUAUGGCUGCGGCUCUUCAUACCACUCGAUUAGAAAUGGAUGCCCCCAAAUUAUCGCCCCAGAAAUUAACUCCUCAAAAAUUGCCCGAGAGUUGUCGACCUCUAAAAAUGGGACCGAGACUAACCCGAACAUUCUGGUAA